GGGAAGUCCGAAGCCAGGCACGAGUUAGCCCGUAAGCCAGCGGCAGUGUCGGAACACGUAGCUGGGGAGCGAAGCGGGGUCCUGAUGCGCAAGUCACGGCAACCCUCCGCGGAGAUGAAGGCGGACUCCGACCGGCUCUGAUUUUCAAAAGUCUUCUUCAUUCAUCUUGUCAUUAUGGCAGCGCCGAAAAUGGCGUCAGUGAAGCACCGGGUCCGCGCGUUGACGUUCAUUCUCCUGACCGCCUCGGGCUGCUUCGUCGCCCCCACCAGUGGCAAGGACGGGUCGGAGGAGACCGUCAUUACCGGCCUCCGCCUGGAGGACACGGAUGACAUUUCCUUCAUGGACCGCGGCUUCCUGCGGGUGAGCGAGCGCUACCGGGUCAAACUGCGAGUCUACGGGCAGAACAUCGACAACGAGACGUGGUCCAAGAUCGCCUUCACGGAGCAUGAGAGGAGCCGCGCGGCGGGGAGCCCCGGCGGGGACAACCGCAGCCGGGAGGACCCCUCCGCCUCGCACCCCUGCGGUAUCAGGACGUCAGAUAUCAUUAUCCUGCCCAGUAUCGUCGUGAGCAGGAAGACGUCCGGCGUGGUGGAGAUCGACGUCAAGCCUCUGCGGAAGACGGAGAGGAGCAAGUCCUACUACCUUUGCAUCGUCGCCGCGGCGGGGACGCGCGACCCGUGGACGGAGAACACCUGGAUCUACCACGACGGCGACGACACCCGGGUCAUAGUCGUGGAGGAGAAGAAGUUCCUGCUGCCCUUCUGGCUCCAGGUCAUCUUCAUCUCCAUGCUGCUCUGUCUGUCGGGGAUGUUCAGCGGCCUGAACCUGGGGCUCAUGGCCCUGGACCCCAUGGAGCUGCAGAUAGUCCAGAACUGCGGCACGGAGCGGGAGAAGAACUACGCCAAGAAGAUCGAGCCGGUCCGGAGCCAAGGGAAUUACUUGCUUUGCUCGCUCCUGCUGGGGAACGUGCUGGUGAACACCACCCUGACCAUCCUCCUGGAUGAUAUCGCCGGGUCGGGGCUGAUCGCCGUGGUCAUGUCCACCAUCGGAAUAGUGAUCUUCGGGGAAAUCGUGCCCCAGGCCAUCUGCUCCAGGCACGGCCUGGCCGUGGGCGCCAACACCAUCUUCCUGACCAAGUUCUUCAUGCUGCUCACCUUCCCCGCCUCCUACCCGGUGAGCAAGCUGCUGGACUACCUUCUGGGCCAAGAGAUCGGGACCGUGUACAACCGGGAGAAGCUCCUGGAGAUGCUGCGCGUCACCGACCCGUACAACGACCUGGUCAAGGAGGAGCUCAACAUCAUCCAGGGCGCGCUGGAGCUGAGGACCAAGACGGUGGAGGUGGUGAUGACGCCGCUGCGGGAUUGCUUCAUGAUCCCCGGGGACGCCACGCUGGACUUCAACACCAUGUCGGAGAUCAUGAAGAGCGGAUACACGCGCAUCCCGGUCUUCGAGGGCGAGCGCUCCAACAUAGUGGACCUGCUCUUCGUCAAGGACCUGGCCUUCGUGGACCCGGAUGAUUGCACGCCGCUUAAAACCAUCACUAAGUUUUACAGCCACCCGUUGCACUUUGUCUUUAACGACACCAAGCUGGACGCCAUGUUGGAGGAGUUCAAAAAAGGAAAAUCCCAUCUGGCCAUAGUUCAGAGGGUCAACAAUGAGGGUGAGGGAGACCCUUUCUACGAAGUUCUGGGUAUUGUCACCUUGGAGGAUAUUAUCGAAGAAAUCAUCAAGUCAGAGAUCCUGGACGAGACAGACUUGUACACCGACAACAAGACGAAGAAGAAAAUCACCCAUCGAGAAAGGAAGCAGGAUUUCUCGGCCUUCAAGCCUUCCGACAAUGAAAUGAAGGUUAAAAUAUCACCUCAGCUUCUGCUGGCUACCCUGCGUUUCCUAGCAACAGAAGUCGACCUGUUCGCUCCGCCGCAAAUGUCUGAAAAGAUUCUGCUGCGCUUGCUGAAGCAUCCCAAUGUCAUCCAGGAGCUGAAAUACGAUGACAAGAACAAGCGGGCGUCUGACCACUACCUCUUCCACAGGAACAGGCCUGUGGACUAUUUCAUCCUCAUUCUGCAGGGAAAAGUUGAAGUGGAGGCAGGAAAAGAGGGGAUGAAGUUUGAAGCAGGAGCGUUUUCCUUCUAUGGGAUGAUGGCCCUUACUGUCUCACCAGUCCCACUGUCCCUCUCUCGAACCUUCGUCAACAGGGCCGACUCGUUAGCUGGAUCACCAGAGAGUAAAUCUCCUCCACGGCAGUUUGGACUCAAUCAUUCAGACUCUCUGAACAGGAGCGAUCGAAUAGACGCCAUCACACCAACACUUGGCAGCAGCAACAAUCAACUCAACUCCUUCCUGCAGAUCUACGUCCCCGACUAUUCUGUCAGGGCGUGUUCAGACCUGCACUUCAUAAAGGUGACGCGGCAGCAGUACCAGAACGCCGUGAUGGCGUCGCGCAUGGACAAGACGCCGCAGUCGACGGACAGCGAGUUCACCAAGAUCGAGCUCACGCUGAGCGAGCUGCGCGACGGCGUGGAGCCCUGCGCCGUGGUCGCCGGCGUGGCCGCCCCCCCGCCCACCCCCCCGGCCGUGACUGUGCCCUCGGCGAACGAGACGUCCCACCUGCUCAACCAGCAGCACAACUGCGUGGGCGUGAGCAGGAGCAACCACAGCGCUCACAACGAGGGGCCCGUCUAGCCCCCCGUCUAGCCCCCGGGAAAGACCCCAGAGCCUUCACCCUCCAGUCUGACGGACACACGGCGCAGCGGCGUAGCUAGAGACCAGAGGAACACGGGGGGUGCCCUCGGACGCUGCCCCCCCUCCCCAUUCAGUCAGUUAGUGAGACCCUCCAAGGGUGGGGGAGGUGGGUGUCUCUGCUACACCCUCCUACAGACGGUGCUGAGACUGAGCUUCCAUUGCCGUGACUUAGAGGACGGAGUUACAGUGUGCAUGCAUCCCCUCACUCAGGCCAAAGACCUUGGUCCCCCCCGCCCCCCCGGCCCCACUCCCACCUCCCCUAUUUGCCACACUGCUGUCUGCUUGCACACAUGCAACGAAAACACAAAGCGAUCCCACCUUUUGCAUCUUUCAGGGAAACUCCCAUCAUCAGCAUGGACUCAUGGAGCAAUGGUUUGGCAAAGACUGCACCAAAAACCGCUUUGAGAGAAAACCAUUACAUCACAAACCAAGAAUGUUCUCCUGUAUUUAUUUAUUUUAUACUAUUGUAUGUACGUGUAUGGAUACAUACAUAUGUAGGGAUGCACGUGGAGGCGUGAAAACAUGCCCGUGAAGGUGAGGAAGAACAUCAACUUCCAAGCGUGUUCAUGAGGGGGUGAAGGUCUUUUACAGAUACACUAUGUACAUUACAGAUUGUCUUAUUUUUACUAUUGUAUAUUCUUAAUUGGGCUUUUUCACCCUUAAAAAAAAAAAAUCACACUAUUGCCUUGAAGAAAAAGAAAUCGUAACAGUAAUUAUUUUAACAAAGUGCAAUGAACAGAACUUUAUUUAAGAGAUGAUUAUUAAUGACUGUAUUGUAAAUUGACAGAUAUAUUUGUGUGUGUGUGUGUGAGCGUGUGUGUGUGCGUGUGUAAUUGUGUGUUUGGAUGAUACUAAACCCCACAUCCACGCGCAAAGUGUCCCUUACUCUAAUUGGAUGAGCUCGGUCAUGUGACCCGCACGUUAUGGCAUUGAAGUGUCUUGGAGUUGUCGUCUUUAAUCAAACUUGACUAUUGCACAGUAUUAAUGACCUCAUCUAACAUGUGGAGCAUCUUCUACGUCACGAGGAGAAACCCCAACAUUAAACAUGCGGCGUUCCUUUUUUUUUA